AUAAAAUCGAAGAAACGAUAGCAAAUAAACGCUGAUCCCGUAAACAACAAGCCCGGGAGUCUGGAUUCUGGAAUCCCUAGUUAGAGCCCUUCUCUCGUCAAUUUUUAGACACUAUUGGGAUUAUACUGGACGUCGGUUACUGGCUGUCCUUUCAGAGACCUUUUUCCAUUGUAAUUCACGGCAAGGUAUCAACCCCAUCCAUAACUAUCAACGAACACAACUCAAGGACAAAACAGAUCAAAAGUCUGCACCUUUGUGAAGUAAUGGCUCUGGCGGCUUAUGGGCAGCUGAAUCUGGACGAGGCUCCGGUUUGGGGAUCUCGAAGCGUGGAUUGCUUUGAAAAGCUGGAACAAAUCGGAGAAGGCACUUACGGGCAAGUAUUUAUGGCCAGAGAAAAAAGAACUGGGGAAAUUGUUGCUUUAAAGAAGAUCCGUAUGGACAAUGAAAAAGAAGGGUUUCCCAUAACAGCCAUUCGAGAAAUCAAAAUUCUAAAGAAAUUGCAGCAUGAAAAUGUAAUCAAGCUGAAAGAGAUUGUGACAUCUCAAGGCCCUGAAGGAGACGAGCCAGUGAAGUCAGAUACGAAUAAGUACAAGGGAAACAUUUAUAUGGUUUUUGAGUACAUGGACCAUGACUUGACUGGCCUUGCUGAUCGCCCCGGACUGAGAUUCACAAUUCCACAGAUUAAAUGUUACAUGAAGCAACUUCUUACUGGCCUUCAUUAUUGUCAUGUCAACCAAGUACUUCAUAGGGAUAUAAAAGGUUCCAAUCUUCUCAUAGAUAACGAAGGAAACCUCAAGCUCGCUGAUUUUGGGUUGGCAAGGUCAUUUUCUGGUGAUCAGAAUGCUAAUCUCACAAACCGCGUCAUCACUCUGUGGUACAGACCGCCAGAGCUUUUACUUGGAGCCACCAAGUAUGGCCCAGCUGUUGACAUGUGGUCUGUUGGUUGCAUUUUCGCUGAGCUUUUAUUUGGGAAGCCAAUCUUACCUGGGAAAAAUGAGCCUGAACAGCUGAAUAAAAUAUACGAGCUCUGUGGAACACCUGAUGAAGUUAACUGGCCAGGGGUAUCAAAGAUUCCAUGGUACAACAAAUUCAAGCCAACUCGGCCUAUGAAAAGACGAGUCAGAGAAAUGUUUAGACAUUUUGAUCGCCAUGCUUUGGAUCUUCUCGAUAAAAUGAUGACUCUUGAUCCAUCACAGAGGAUAUCUGCAAAGGAUGCACUGGAUGCUGAGUAUUUUUGGACUGACCCUUUACCUUGUGAUCCAAAAAGCCUGCCAACGUAUGAGGCAUCACACGAAUUUCAGACAAAGAAAAAGCGACAACAACAGAGACAAAAUGAGGAGAUGGCAAAGAGACAAAAAGUACAGCACCCACAGCAGCAUGCCCGCCUCCCUCCCAUCCAACCCGGACAAGCCCAUCCUCAGCAUUGGGCCGGGCCCAACAAUCCCAUGAACAAUGCCGGCCAACCCACACUCUCAGCCGGUGGACCUGGUAACCAUCAGUAUGGAAAGUCUCGAGGCCCUGCUGGAGGACAGAACAGGUACCCUCCGGGAGGGGGGAACCCCAGCGGUGGAUACUAUCAAGACCGUGGAGGGCAAGGCACCGGAAGUUACAGCAGUGGCCCUUACUCAGCUCAGGGACGAGCACCUCCCUACCCGAGUAGUGGUGGUGUGGCCAACAGUGGUGGUCCCCGCGGGGCUAGUGGUGGUGGUGGGUAUGGGGGAGUCCCUCCUCCAAAUUACUCCCAAAGUGGUCAAUAUGGAGGUUCGAAUACGGGCAGAGGUCCAAAUCAAAUGGGAGGAGGUACCCGGAACCAGCAGCAGUACGGAUGGCACCAAUAGAGAUAGAUGUAUGAACAAAGUUAGGUCUUAAAGGCCAAAACAGUAUUAGCUGGAUCUGAAAUUGAGAAACGGUAAUUAAAAUAUCAAAUGCUGCUGAGUGCAAACUACUUUUUUCGGUAUUAUUGUAUGUAUACAAAAAAGAUAGUGCCAAACAUUUUGAGGUUGAUGACAACAUUGUUUUGAAUAGGGGUGGACUCGGGCCGAGUGGCCCGACCCGGGAC